AUGUUGGACACGAGGAACAACUUCCGCAAUGCCGCGCUGGGUCGGUGCGUCUUUUUGAGGAGAUCAAUGGCGUUGUUCUCGAAAUAUACUUCCCAUACUGGCACUGGUAUUGGUAUUGGGAGCGAGAUGAUGUCCCCGAUAUGGACACUCCAGUUGGGCUGUGUCUGGAACUGCUGGUGGCAGCCGGCUGAUUACCUGGGUCUGGACAAGCAAAACACCGGCACCAUCUGA